UAUACAUCAUAUCUCACACAUCGCAUCAACCGUCCUUCUCUCGACACCCGCACCGUGUCUAUCGUCGAGCUUGUUGUCGUCAGCCCCGGCCGAGGAAGAGAAGACACGCCUGUGUACUCAGGGCUAUUCCAAUUGUUGGGGACAUACAUGUUCAUACAUCACGAACGGCAUGAUUAAAUAGCGUCUUUUCCUGGAAAAGAAAGCAUUGCGACUAUUCCGCAUUUCUCUGCAUUUAUCUCUUAUCGCCUCCUUCUCUCCUUGCUCGUUGCUCGUUGCUCGUUGCUUUUGCAUAUACGAACUGCCUUCCUGCGACGAGGCCGAAUCUAGCAGGACGAAAGACGGCAACAACUGCGUCGAAGAGAGUGAAACAGAGGUCACAGCAGCAACAUGGAGGCGGCCUCGGCUCGUGCAGCGGCUAGGGACCGCUGGGGCGAGAUGGGCUAUCCUCGACCAUCCCAGCUGCAGCGCUUCAUCGCCAGCGCCUGUAGCCCCGAAAACUUCGAGCCCAACCUCGCCCUCAAUCUCGAAAUCGCCGACCUCAUCAAUAGCAAGAAGGGUACUGCCCCGCGCGAGGCUGCCGUCGCCAUUGUCAAUUACAUCAAUUCCCGCAACCCCAAUGUCGGUUUGCUCGCCCUCAACCUCCUCGACAUCUGCGUCAAGAACUGCGGGUAUCCCUUCCACCUUCAAAUCAGUGCUAAGGAGUUUCUCAAUGAGCUCGUUCGGCGCUUCCCCGAGCGACCCCCCUUCCGCUACACCCGUGUCCAGUCUAAGAUACUAGAGGCCAUCGAGGAGUGGCGUAGCACAAUAUGCGAAACGAGUCGCUACAAGGAAGAUCUGGGCUUCAUUCGCGACAUGCACCGUCUGCUAAGCUACAAGGGCUAUCAUUUCCCCGAGGUGAGGAGGGAUGAUGUCGCUGUCUUGAAUCCGAGCGAUAACUUGAAAUCAGCCGAGGAGAUGGAGGAGGAGGAACGUGAAGCACAGUCCGCCAAGCUUCAAGAGUUGAUUCGACGAGGAGCUCCCGAAGAUUUGCAAGAGGCCAACCGAUUAAUGAAGAUCAUGGCCGGCUACGAUACAAGAUCUAAGACGGAUUACCGCGCCAAAGCCGCCGAAGCAGUUGGGAAAAUUCAAGCCAAGGCCCGUCUAUUGGAAGAAAGACUCGCCGCAUUUAAACCUGGUGAUACUAUGACCGAUGGCGAUGUGUUUGAAGACCUUGCUGCGUCGCUCCAGAGUGCCCAGCCCAAAAUCCAAAAGAUGUGCGAGGAGGAGUCGGACGAUCAUGAGGCUGUAGCGAAGCUAUUUGAAAUUAAUGACAGCAUACACCGGACUGUCGAGAGAUGGAAGCUGCUCAAGAAGGGCGAUAUUGAGGGUGCCGAGAAAAUAGCGCAAGGAGCCCCUAUACCCACACCCUCAGCUUCGGCUGGGAAAGCCAAAGCUUCGGCAGCGAACGAGCUAUCUUUAAUCGAUUUUGACGCUGACGCAGAGGCAAAUGGAGCCGGUGCCGAAGUUGCCUCAUCGUCUCAAGGAGGUUUGGAAAAUGAUCUGCUGGGACUGGCUCUUGGAGACAACACCAGCAGCUUCGGCCAGGGUGGUGGUAUCUCUCUUGGCUUUGGCGCGAAUCAAAAUAUACCAGGCCCCGCGCUUUUAUCAUCAUUGACUCAGAACAGCACGGCAAAGGGCCCCUCGCCCACUCCUACGCCACCUCCAUUUUCUACGUAUUCAAAUUUCGCCUCUAAGCCGUCGUCAUCACAGUCCACAACGCCACAACCUUCUUUAGGCCAAUACUCGGCGUUUUCUCAACCUCCUCAAAAGACGAACGAUCCUUUCGCGUCUCUUAGCUCGCCGCAGUUCUCAUCGAAACCCGUUACACCUCAACUGCCAGCGGCACCUGCCACCACAUCUAACGAUGACGAUGAAUGGUCGUUUUCUUCCGCUCUUCCGCCAGAGUCGUCUGCCCCGCGUGACCACCAAGCUGUCGUUAGCAAUAGUCUUCUUCGGAUUAAUAUGAAGGCAGCCAGGGCACCACAGGCGCCCAAUGCGUUAUCAUUGUUAUUUGCCUUUUCUAAUACUUCGCCGCAGUCCAUAGGCGAUCUGCAUUUCCAAUUAGCAGUAACAAAGGGAUACGAACUCAAACUACAGCCGCAGACUGGUCGUACGUUGGAGCCAAACCAAGAAAAUGGCGUGACGCAGUUGAUCCAGGUAUGGCAUGCAGGCGAGCCUGCUAAAAAAGUAGACAGUGCACGAUUACGGUGGCGUGUGAGCUAUAAAUGGGGUGCGGAGAAUAAAGCAGAGACGGGCGAGAUUCCCGAGUUUAGCAUCGCGUAGAGUUACGUAUUUGAUUUAGCUAGUUUGGUAGAUGACCAUCCAAAAUACAAACGAUGCAGAAAGAUAUGUCGGCGAAGAUUGAAUGUAUACUAUUGCGUAAUCUGCAUAGUGU